AUGAGCAUCAGGACCAUCUCCCUGGCCAUCCGAGUGGUCAAGAACACACUCUCCGACACCCAGUCCAAGGUGAGGAUGGCCAUGCUCUGCAUCAUCGGGCAGCUGGCCCUGUCAGGAUUCCAGGGCAGGAUCAAAGGCUGGGGCCUGAAGUACGUGUCUGUGCAGCUGACCUUGUCCACGUACAAACUGACCGACCGCAGGGACAACUUUUAUCAGAGGGGCCUAGAGGAGAAGAUGGUCCACAAGGUCCCCAUGGACACCGUGAGGAUCAUAACCUCUUCUGUCAGUGGGAUGAGCAAUGAAUUUUGGGAGAGGCUCCCGUGCUGCAUCAUGGAGACGGACUACACGGAGGCCUUGACCCCCAUCUGCACCAGCCUCACCAACCUGGCCGAGCGCCAGCUGCACGCCAAGGAUGAGGAGGCCAACUCAAGCAAGAGCAGGCACGGCUGCUGUCAUGGUCCUGGGGCUUUGAGGAUGGAUGUGGCUGGUGACAGGAGGUGA